GUAGAUUGCCAAUAGUCAGCAAGACUUGGAUUACUGUCGAACUGCUAUGGAGUGACAGUCAGUCAACAGUAGGUCAACUGUCGGUUAGCUUUCGGCCAAACUGCAAGCAUUUUCCGGGACUAGGUCAACCCUUUGGCAAUGCCCUGAUCGCAACUCGAUGCUCAGUAAUUCGUCUUUGACGAGUUUGUUAAAAGGGCGUAUAUUGAAAGUGAAAUGCGCUAAAAAAAAAAAGGAUGAAAACAAGAAUGGAUCGAGAUGCAAUGAUGAGAUUGUUGCAGUGGCGCAUUAAACCAAGAACAGUACUUGACACAUUGUGCAUCGAUUUUGGUGAGUAUACUUUCUUUGUGAACGUUUUUAUUUCUCCAUUGGCUCAGCAUCUCAUGUAUUUUCUGUAUUACGAAAAUAACGAGAAAAAAAAUUUGGAUUGUGAUGGAAAACGUCUAGUCGUCUGAUUAACAAUGAAAGUCAAAAUGCACCAAUGAGAGCACGAGAAAUAAACCAAUAGCACCCAACCAUCCCUAUCGUAAAUAGCGAAACGAAGUCAUCCAAGCAACCACAUCGCCAGACUGAAGCCAGCAGUACAGCCGUUGAAACGUCGCCAUCCUUAACUGAUGACCUAACUUUGCAAUUGAUAAUUUUAAUUGUGAGAUGAACGAUUUAAUUUUCAUUUAUGAUUAGUUUGACUCCAGUAUGAACCUUUGAUGCUUUUAAAAAUCCAUCUUUAACGUUUUUUUUUCAAAGCUUACUGGCUGUCGCAGAGGACUCUACAAUAAAUCGUUUUGAAGAAACUAUCUACACCGUAGUACUCAAAAGUUGAAGAUCCCGACUCUAAGAAGUUGGACCUUUUAAAAAAUCUACCAAGUCGUCAGCUUUCGCGUUGGAAGCGACACACCAGGAAAAAGAUGAAGGAUAGAGAGCGGUCAAAAGAACACGCUUACGAAGCCGUGAAGAGUGAAGACUCUGAUGUCUUGGAUAUGGAGGAGAGUGAAGUAAUGAGAUCACGGAAAGGAAAGUUUGAGCAAACUGAGCCAUUAACUGUGCGUCUUAUGAAGCUGAGGAAGAGAAGCACCCCAGAUACAAAUGGAUUGCAAGGGCUUUCCUCUUUUACAGAAUUGCGACUUCGAAUUUCUAUGACGUUCAAACAAUGCUACGAAAGCUGCAAGGAGUUCAUAAACUCGUAUGAGUUGUGGAGAGGACACUUCAAGGAAAUAGAAGGAUCAUUCGGAAAUGGUGUUUUAUCAUAUUUCACAUUUCUCAAGUGGCUUCUUUGGUUAAACAUUUACAUCUUCGUUCUAACGCUGUGUUUUGUGAUCGUUCCACAAGCCCUCAGUUCAGGAGAGGAACUCCCAUUAACAUUGCCUCCGCAAAACGCGUCUUCUUUUACUUCAAACUCCUCAAGCUCGUUCACGGUUGUUCCAACUAAUGCAACAGCAUCUUCGCCAGCAAGAAAGAAGAGGGACGUUUUGCUGAAGAAUAGCGGAGAAGAUGAUGAUCUUAAGUGUAAUUUGGUGAAGCCCUAUAACUAUUCCUCGUAUACAAACAAGCCUUUCCCGCAGCUUCUGUCUGACUUUAUUUCUGGCAUCGGAUGGAUAAAUACAACGUACAUGUUUUAUGGAAGCUACUCCAACAACGUCUUGGUAAUAGGUAGCGAAAAAACUUUCUACAACAUGCCGCUGGCUUAUUUUUUGGUUGGCUGCAUAUGCUUUGUGGUGAUUUUACUCUCAAUAUUAUGGAGUGCUUCGCGGAUAUUUGAGGAGAGCUACGUGAAGGAAGGCAGUAAAUAUUACCAAACUUACUCCAAUAAAGUGUUUGGUGGAUGGGAUAUGUGUAUCGAAGAAGAAGCUGCAGCAAAGCUGCAGAUUAUGAGAUUCGUUAAAGAAAUCGAGGCCAGUAUAGAAGAAGACCUCAGACUCGCAAAUCUGGCCAACAGAACGAAGAAGGAGAAAUACAAAUUGUACGCAGUACGAGUUAUGGUGAAUCUGCUGGUGCUCGGACUCUCAGUUCUAUCAGCUUACUUGAUUUUCAUGACCUCUCAGAUGUCUAUAGAGACUUCCCAAGAUGAUGCUGAUAUCAAGGCGUCGCUUAUGACAGAUUUCAUUCAGUUGGCGAAGAGUUACGCUUCACCAAUCACCCUCUCCACCUUGGGAUUCAUUGUUCCUACCAUCUUUUUCUUCUUCUCUCGCCUGGAGGAAUGGAACCCGCGAGUCAGAGUCAACGUAGACCUGGCCAGAACGGUUCUGUUAAAGUUGGCUUCGGUGGCGGUCCUCAUUCUCUCUUUAUACAACAGAAUUAAGAAGACCUGUAUGUUGUGCUGGGAGAAUGCCAUCGCCGCAGAAAUGUAUAAGUUGGUGUGGACAGACUUUUUCGUGACACUGUUGGUCAUAAUCGCUGUUCAAACACCUCGAAGGUUAUUUGCUGAUCACGUUAGUUUAGGAUGUGACUUGGGAAGAAAAAUUGGCCGCCCCGAGUUUUUUAUUCCAGUUAACGUGCUUGAACUUGUUUAUAGUCAGGCGCUAAUAUGGAUUGGUACGUGGUACAGUCCAUUUCUACCCCUCAUGGCCAUUAUCAAGCUACCAAUUACUUUCUACGCCAAAAAGGCGACUGUGUUUUAUAAUUGUAAAGCAGAGGAGAAGGCGUACCGUGCUGGGAGGUCAAAUUAUUUUUUCAUGAUUCUUUUGCUCGGGACUUUCCUUCUCUGCCUGGCCGCUGUGGCUUAUGGAGUUACACAAAUUCGUCCGUCAGAGUUGUAUGGACCAUUUAGAGGAUUAAAUGAAGUUUACGACAUCAUUCCUUGGACUGUGUCCAUUCUUCCCGCUGGAUUUCGUGACACGUUUCAAAUUCUCGGCUCGCCUGUCUUUCUUGUUGUUCUUGGGGUCAUCAUUUGUCUUGGAUUAUACUUCUUCUAUGCCAUAGCAAAGGUUUACCGAAGAAUGAUUAGUGGUCUUCGAGAAGAGCUUUCCAUGGAAUCCAGGGACAAGAAGUAUCUUCUACAGUUGUUCACGAGCCAAUCGGAAGAGAAGAGCUGAAGAACAGUGAUGACGUCGCUUUGACAUCGUUUUCAAGAAGAUUGGACGCAUAAAAAAUCAUGUGUAGAUGACACUUGCAAUAUUUUUGUAAUACCUGUUUUUUAUUGUUUUUUUGUUCAACGCAAAUUAAAAAUAGCACCAAUGAACUUUUUGGAUCCUUGUAAAGGUCAAGGUUUGGAAUGAGGCACCUCGAUUGCAGGUGUAUCAUGUAAUCAGAUGAAUGUAAUUUGAAAUAAAAUAGGUUAUUGGUUA